UCGCACAAUAGUCCUGCCCAGCCUCUCUGCACAGCAUACUUAAGCAUCAGAUCAUGUCAAAUGACACUCCCACAUCUUUUUGGACUCAACACAGAGGUCUUAGAGAACUGAAAUAUCUAGGUGCUGUUCUGGUAUCAUAGGGAAAAAAGGAACCAAUUAAAGAUGGAUCUUCCAACAUUUUCACUGAUUGUUGUACUUCUUGCUGCAGCAUCUGCUAAACCAGUUGAUGAGAACUGGCAUCAGGAUGCUGAGAUUCCUGAAAAUAAUCACAAACAAGAAUUACUGGCUAUGGACAACUUGAGUUUUUCUUCCGAGUCAGCUCAGUCACGUGACUCAUUAGAGUCCAGAGUCGCGUCCGACAGUGAGUCGUCCGAGAAAUCCAUUGAGGUGUCGUCCGAGAUGCCACAGCCACAAUUUUUAGCGGAGUCAUCUGAAGAAUCCCCUGAGGAGUCAUCUGAAGAAUCCUCUGAGGAGUCAUCUGAAGAAUCCUCUGAGGAGUCAUCUGAAGAAUCCUCUGAGGAGUCAUCUGAAGAAUCCUCUGAGGAGUCAUACGAAGAAUCCUCUGAGGAGACACCGAACAAAUCUUCAGAGGGAUCCACUGAGCCUUCCUCUGAGGAAUCUUCCAAGGAAUCUUCUGAGGAGUCAUUUGUCUCCACGGAGGCUCACAUCACUGAAAGAAGAGGAGACAACUGAACAUGGAGCACGCAAAACAAAAAAUAUAUACAAUAAUUAAAAAUGGUAUGAUUCUGGACUCAAAAUUGAUUGGAAUCAUUGUGUUUUAGAACAAACAUAUUGUGUUAAAGCUGCCAACAAAUCAGGAUAAUAAUGUUAUUUCUACUUAUUAUUUAUUUAUAUCAACUGUUCUAAUGAAUAAGAUGUAUUGCCACUGUUUUCACAUAUACCAUCAGAUGUACAUACUGUACAUCUAAAGUACCAAAAAUAAAUGUUGUGUUCCAUAAAAACAAUAUAUAAAA